AUGUCGUCGAGACCUCUCCAUCAACCAGAGGACCCCAAUUCACCUGCGGAUGAUUCGGAUUCCGACCUUGAUCUCGAUAUCCAGGAGCUAGAUCCCAUCACAACCUCAAGUCCUGCCAGCCGCGAAGGAUAUCAGGACCGCUACACUCGCGACGAGCGGCGAUCGGCGCACAUCCCUCUGAGAAACCUGCGCAUGGGAGGCUUGCGAGGACCAGGGAACCGAAAUAGAGGAUAUGGAGAUUUGGGCAGAAGGCGGGACACGGAGAGUGAGGACUUACGCGGUUUACUUGCCGAUGAGCAUGAUGGAAGAUCAAGUCGAGAUGAUGAGGCGAGAUCCCGCAGCGCGCAGGACGAUGCGCCGUUGCUCUCGUCGAGAGAUCGCAAACGGCGACCUAGUAUGGAUGCUGCUAUCAGCAGCAUGAGUCGCCUCAGUUCAAGAGUUAGGCUACCAAGCUUCCUGUCAUCAUCCAGUGCGUCUAUAGCACUACCUGCCGAUAACGAGAGUAAAGAGGAGGAACAUGACCCGGCGUCAUCUAGAACUGUUUCGAUCGGAAUGCCACAAGCUACAAGAUUCCCCCCAAAUGCCGUCUCCAACGCGAAAUAUACCCCUUUCAGCUUUUUACCUCGGACCCUGUAUAACGAAUUCUCUUUCUUUUUCAACAUGUAUUUUCUCCUAGUCGCGCUUUCACAAGCCAUCCCGGCGCUACGGAUAGGAUAUCUUUCGACUUAUAUUGUUCCACUGGCUGGGGUGUUGGCAAUAACACUGGGAAAGGAGGCUUAUGAUGAUAUUGAUCGACGACGGAGAGAUUCAGAGGCGAAUUCAGAGGGCUAUACCGUCCUGGUAUUUGAUAGAAUGGGUAUGGGUGACGUGGACAGAUAUCGAGCGAAGCGCAAAUUAAAGUCAAUGACCAAGUCAAAAUCGAAAAGAAAUUCUCUGGUUCAACCUGAUCGACUCUCCGAUAUUCAAGAAGAGGAAAACAGUCUUGGGGGUACGGGAUUACGCGCAUCCCCAACCUCAAGUGUGCGCGAGGUGACGAAGAAGGCAAGGGAUCUCAAGGUUGGAGAUGUGUUAAAACUCAACAAGGAUCAACGACUUCCUGCAGAUGUAGUAAUCUUAAAGAGUUACACCAACGAAACGACGUCAGACCAAGACAUUCCUAGCGAGCAUGAGGACGAGGAGUUAUUGCUCGACACGGUGUCCGAUUCGCCCUUGGAUAAAUCUAAUGAGCCGGCAGAUGACGAACGUGAAUCAACAUCAAAGGCUAGCAAUACUCCAUCUGCAGAUGCAACAGGUGUAGGAGAGACUUUCAUUCGGACAGAUCAGCUCGAUGGAGAGACCGACUGGAAACUCCGCCUUGGGUCGCCGCUCACACAACAACUUGAACCAGCAGAAUUCACCCGCUUAAGGAUAGUGGCCGGAAAGCCAGACAAGAAGGUUAAUGAGUUUCUUGGUACCGUAGAGCUAUUGCCUAAGCGUGGUGGUUAUGAUACAGAUGUGCCCAAGCCUGACCCCGUUGGAGAAGCGCCAGAUGGCAGCUCUGAAAACGAAUCUGCACCGCUCACGAUUGACAACACAGCAUGGGCAAACACAAUUCUCGCUUCAAAUGCAACAACUCUCGCCGCAGUGAUUUACACCGGGCCUCAAACAAGAUCUGCGCUUUCCACGUCUGCCUCUCGGUCUAAAACUGGUCUAUUAGAAUACGAAAUCAAUUCUUUGACCAAGAUCCUCUGCGCGCUCACUCUGACUCUGUCCAUCGUUCUAGUUGCACUAGAAGGGUUUGAACAUGUCGCUGGAGUCGCAUGGUACGUGAAAAUAAUGCGAUUUCUCGUACUUUUUUCAACUAUCGUACCAAUCAGUCUUCGUGUAAACUUGGACAUGGGGAAAACGGUCUAUUCCUCUUUUAUUCAAAAGGAUCAUGGAAUCGAAGGUGCGGUGGUCAGGACUAGCACUAUUCCAGAAGAGCUCGGUCGGAUAGAGUACCUCCUCAGUGAUAAAACCGGUACUUUGACCCAGAACGAGAUGGAAAUGAAGAAGAUUCACGUCGGCACUGUAUCCUAUGCGAAUGAAGCCAUGGACGAAGUUGCCUCCUACAUAAAACAAGGAUUUUCUGUUUCAGCUCCUACGGAUGCAAGCCAACCUUCAGUGCUUAUUACGCCAUCGUCAACGUUUGCUGUUUCCACCACGAGUACAGCUACUCGUACUAGACGAGAAAUAGGCUCGCGUGUCAGAGACGUCGUACUUGCGUUGGGCAUAUGCCAUAAUGUAACACCUACCAUGGAGGAAGAAAACGGCGAAACGAUUACCUCUUACCAAGCUUCGUCGCCUGAUGAGAUAGCAAUCGUCAAAUGGACCGAGGCUGUCGGGCUUCGUUUGAUUCAUCGUGACCGUAAAGGAAUGCUGUUAGAAUCGGUCGAAACAGGACGCCCCGCUGUGCGGGUUCGAAUCCUCGAAGUUUUUCCUUUCACCUCGGAGGGGAAACGCAUGGGAAUCAUUGUUCAAUUUCUCGAUGGUACUGAAACGUCACCAGUCCCCAACAUUGACGCUGGAGAAAUAUGGUUCUUUCAGAAAGGGGCUGAUACCGUAAUGACCUCCAUUGUGGCGUCGAACGACUGGCUCGACGAAGAAACAGCUAAUAUGGCUCGGGAGGGUCUCCGAACUCUUGUAGUCGGUCGGAAGAAAAUGCCAGUAGCCCAGUACAAGGAAUUUGCUUCCCAGUACAGAGAAGCUUCUGUUAGUCUGAACAACCGUGAUACCGGCAUGGCAAAUGUCGUUGCUCACUAUCUCGAGAAAGACUUGGAACUGCUUGGUGUUACUGGCGUAGAAGACAAGCUGCAGAAGGAUGUUAAACCUUCGUUGGAAUUACUCCGAAAUGCAGGUAUCAAGAUCUGGAUGUUGACUGGUGACAAAGUGGAAACCGCUCGUUGUGUUGCAGUGAGCGCCAAGCUCGUUGCUCGCGGGCAGUAUAUCCAUACGAUUGCCAAACUUAAGCGCAAAGAUGAAGCUCAAGAUCAUCUUGACUUCCUAAGAAGUAAGACGGACUCAUGUCUUCUAAUCGACGGAGAAAGUCUCUCAUUCUUCCUAACACAUUUCCGGAAUGACUUCAUCUCAAUGGCGGUUAAGCUCCCAACAGUUGUAGCAUGCCGCUGUUCGCCAACACAAAAGGCUGACGUUGCGCUCUUAAUCCGAGAGUACACAAAAAAGCGUAUCUGCUGUAUUGGAGAUGGCGGUAACGAUGUCUCUAUGAUCCAAGCUGCCGAUGUUGGAGUAGGUAUCGUCGGAAAGGAGGGACGACAGGCGUCACUGGCGGCGGACUUUUCCAUCACUCAAUUUUGCCACCUGACCAAACUUCUGGUCUGGCACGGUCGGAACAGUUACAAGCGCAGUGCCAAGCUCGCACAAUUUGUCAUACAUCGUGGUUUGAUCAUCAGUGUAUGCCAGACCAUGUACAGCAUUGCAAUCAAGUUCGAGCCAGAAGGGCUGUACAAGGAUUGGCUGUUGGUGGGAUAUGCCACUGUAUAUACUAUGGCGCCCGUAUUCUCUCUUGUUCUCGAUCGAGACGUUGACGAGAAGCUUGCGAACUUGUAUCCCGAACUGUAUAAAGAACUGACCACCGGGGAUUCGCUAUCAUAUAAGACGUUCUUCAUCUGGGUUCUAGUUUCUAUCUACCAGGGUGGCAUUAUACAAGGCUGUUCUCAACUCCUGACGGAAGUUGAUGGGCCACGGAUGGUUGCUGUUAGUUUCACGGUACUGGUCCUUAACGAACUCAUCAUGGUCGCAUUUGAAAUUACGACGUGGCACCCCAUCAUGAUAUUUAGUCUCGUCGGUACACUACUCGUAUACGUCGGAUCAAUACCUUUCCUUGGUGGGUAUUUCGAUUUGAAAUUCAUGUUAACACCAGGAUUUUUCUGGCGUGUGGCAGCAAUAGGAGCGAUAUCACUCAUUCCUCCUUAUUUAUUUAAACUAGCCCGACGUGCGUACAAACCGCCUAGUUACAGGAAGGUUCAGGGUAUAUAG